AUGGCGGACCCAUUCCAACCAUCUAGCUUGGUGUACACGCCGCCUCGCCACCCCUCCGCGAACCUCCGUACCCUGCUCGCCUACAUAGACGCGCGUAACCAUCUAAAUCCAGAUAUCAUGAAAUUCUUCCACGCCACUCUCGAGCAUCGUUACCUCCCAAAAUCGCUCGGGAGACCUGUAUUGAACAGAAGGCAGUACGGCGAAUACAUGUCGCAAUUACAACCCAUGUUUCGGUCCUUCAGGAUGACGUUACACCAAGUGAUCGAGACGGGCGACACGAUCGUGUAUCAUGCCACAGCCGUAGGAGAAUCGGUCGCUGGCGUGCCGUAUGACAACGAGUAUAUGACAACCAUGCAGUUCGUUGUAGGCGACUAUGGCCCGCAGAUCUGCUACGUGAAGGAGUAUGUUGAUAGUAAGAAGACGACGGAGUUUUUCAAGGAGCACAGAGCACGAGUGGCGGCGAAUAAUAGACGGAGAUCACAGUCAGUGUCACAGGGUUUAUAA